CACAUUCAAACCAAUAUUACUGAUACACCUCCUUCUUUCUUUACCACCUGUGAAAACCCAAAGUUCUUAGGAAUCGCGAAUACUUAUUUAGUUUGUUUACUACUUGCAGUUCAAUUUUACAAAUACCCAAAUAUUAUUGUCUUGUUUACUUUGAAUAACCAUCAUCAUGUCGUGGGCAGGUAAGGGGAACACAUUCGCAAACAAUAAGACCAUGAAGGAGACUGAACUAAUUAUAACUAUCAAAAGGCUUUAAGAAGAAUGUUAACAGGGCUACCACUCAGGUUAUGAUGAAGACUGGUAAGUGAAUAAUCUUGAGAAAGGUGAACAAGUUUGAGGAACUUUCGGGGGAUUCGGGCGUCGACAUCAUAGAUAUAUGAUGUUACCCUGAGUACCUUGCGAUGUAUUGGGUUGUUCAUCUUCAGGCAGAAGGCUAAUUUUAUUUCAAGGCCAUGUUGAGAAGACAAAUGAUCGAGAUUAUGAAGUUGAGGAAAGGUUAGUUUUAACUUCUUUACAUAACUGCAACAAUGGUCGAAUACGGCGCCACGGCGGAAAAGAUGGACAAUGCAAUGAAAUCGCUAUCGGAUGAGCUUCGUGCGCGCGACCUGGAGCUGCGAAUAAAUUGGGAGAAUGCGGGCUAUUCUAGCAACUCAAAAUCCGAAAGCGAAGAACAGUCAGAUUAUCAGAAGAAUUUCGAAGAUGGAGAAGAGGCCGUACUCGAGGACCAAAUUUCAUCACCCUCUCGCUCUGACUUCGCAUCCACAUUAUCUCUCUCUCGUCUCGGCUACCACCCAUCAAGUCCAUAUUUGCACUCUGUCGCAACGCAGUCCGAUAUUUCGAGCGAAUACCUUCCAUCCACUCCGUCUUCACUUUCAAGAUCGACCUUUUCAGGAUCAGAACCAGAAGGGCUUGAAUGGGAUUGUUAUGUUACAAUGUUCACGGCAGCUAGAACGGAGGAGCAAAAGAGGAUUGUUGUUGACCAAGUUUCUAGACGUUAUCGCACUAUGGAAGCCGCUUCAUUGAGAUUACAAAAGGAGUCGAAAGGCUACUUGGAUUCAUUGCGAGGUAAGCAGACUCGUUGCUAUUUUUAUUGAAGGUGAACUAACAAGAAAUGCAGCAAUGACCGCUUCACAAAUGCGCAUUGCUGAGACCAUUGAUGCUUUCUAUGGCGAUGCCGGUGCGAAGGAUGGUGUUAGUCGUAGUUACAAGCAAGCUGUAGAGGAUCUCGACGCCGAGACAAUCAAAGCUCUCGAUGGUCCAUAUCGGUAAGGUUCGCAGAGUUCCCGGCGCAAAAUGAAAGGCUAACAUCGUUAGUACCACGGUUUUGGAGCCCAUCUCUAGAUUUUGUGCCUACUUCCCUGAUAUUAAUGAAUGUAUGCAUACUUAACCAACCCAUUUUGAUUCCCGCUAAACAGUGUUCAGGUAUCAAGAAGCGUAACCAUAAGCUUCUGGAUUAUGAUGCAAUGCGCGCAAAAGUCAAGAAGCUCGUUGAGAAGCCAGAUAAGGAUGUCACCAAACUUCCUCGAGCUGAAAAGGAGACCGAAAUGGCUAAGGCGGCUUAUGAGCAACUUAAUGAUCAACUCUUCAACGAACUUCCCCAACUUAUCGACCUUCGUGUUCCUUACCUUGAUCCAAGUUUCGAAGCUUUAGUUAAGAUUCAACUUCGCUUCUGUGCUGAGGCAUAUUCCAGAAUGGCACAAGUACAACAAUACUUGGAUGCAGAUACAAGAGAACAAUAUGCGCAAGGACAUCUUGAUAGCAGAGUUGAACAAGUUUUGCAAGAAAUCCGCGAAUUAAGUAUCAGUGGAACGGUUUGAGUAGUGGGUGCUUCAUGAGGCUUGAAAUCAGGAAUGCUAUUUGCAUGGUAGUUCAUGAAAAUAUGAAUGGUGUUACAUGGAUAAGAGUUAGGGUUUUAAAUGCCAAACGUUGUCAAUUGACUUCGAUACCAAAGGAAGGCGUUUGGGAAAGUUGUAUACCAUUGCCAGACCUAAUUGUAAAGGACUGAACAUGUAUUCAUCUAGGAUUUGUUUUUCUAUAGAAACUAUAAUUCUAUCUUGCUGCUUGCGAGAUUAUAGUCAUCAAUUUGAGUCACCUGUAUGUUACUUAUGACAUGAUAUUGAUGCGCAACAGCGCCACAAGAGGUUUGACUAGAUAUUAAGGAACGACUCGUCAAAAACAACAGUCAUUAGC